AUGUCGAGGGAAGGAGAGUUUAAUUGGAGGCAUGUGGGUAGGAGAAAGGAUGGACGUGGGAAAUUUGGCUAUGAAUCGGUGAAGGACCCUGGUCAGCAUCGGAGUGGAAGGAACGAUUCGAAGUUCGAUGAUGUUAACAGAAUUUCGGUUUCAUUCUAUGUUACGAAUCUUCCAAGUGAUCUUCACCCAAGGGAUCUUUGGAAGAGGUGUGAAAAUCUGGGCACUGUAGUUGAUACCUAUAUUGCUCGGAAAAGAUCUAAGAUGGGUCGUCGAUUUGGCUUUGUUCGAUUUAUCAAAGUCAUAAAUUCUCAAGAACUGGAAAGAAGAUUUUGUGAGAUUUGGUUUGGUAAUUAUCAUGUGUUUGCAUCCCUUGCUAGAUUCAAGAGAAAUGAUGAAGUAUCUAUUCAGCACAGGAAAAGCCAGUAG